ACACUCUAUGAGUUACUGACAAGUGCAGGAAAGCUAUUUGGAAUCCCCAUUUCGGGAACCCAUGCGCAUGCCUAUGUCCAAGCAUUUUCCUCUUUGGACGACGUCCAAAAUUUGCAGUUGCUAAACAAAAAGACACAAGCGACGGAGGCCUUCUUGCCAAAAGUGUUGGGCUAUCGCAAGGAGGGAACGAAUGACGGAGAACUCGCUGCUUUUGUGGCAUAUGCCUGUGCCUUCCCGGAUACUUGUUUGUGUUUGGUCGAUACUUAUGACACCUUGCAAAGUGGACUUCCCAACUUUAUUGCCACGGCCAAGGCCUUGGAUGAUUUUGGAUAUCAACCCAAAGGGAUUCGACUGGAUUCGGGCGAUUUGAGUGCUCUUAGUUUGAAAUGCAAGUCUGUUUUUGAAGAAGUAAAGGAGUCAACGAGUCGUCAGGUCUUUGGAAACUUGACAAUUGUCGCAAGCAAUGAUAUCAAUGAGGAAACCUUGUAUCAAUUGGCUGAACGUGGACAUGGUAUCACAGCCUUUGGCAUUGGAACCAAUCUCGUCACUUGUCAAGCCCAGCCCAACCUUUGGAAGGUGAUACGAAAAGUGACUGACCAUCAUCCCAAUGCAACUUGUAAGAAAUAA